UGUGAAUAGACCUUUAAGAAACAUUUUAUUUCAAACGAAUAGGAACUUUAUACAAGUUUUUGAGACUUGUUAAGACUUGUGAACUUUAUUAACAUUGCUGUGCAAGAAAUAUUAUAUACAAGUCAGAAAUACAUUCCUUUAAAUUAUAAAUAUAGCAUUAAAUUAUAAAAGUUUUUAUCAAGUUUUAAUAUGAAUUCGAAUACAGGUUCAAAGCCUGCUGUUGCACCAUCUGUGCAGGAAUUUAGUAUUAGAGUACCAAAAAAUAGCAAAAAGAAACACAAUGUUAUGAGAUUCAACGCAACAUUGAAUGUAGAUUUUUCAAAAUGGACUCAAGUAAAGAUGGAACGAGAAAACAAUAUGAAAGAAUAUAAGGGUGUGGAAGAGGAAAUGCCGAAAUUUGGUGCUGGAUCUGAAUUUGGACGUGAUGCCAGGGAAGAAGCCAGGAGAAAGAAGUAUGGUAUUACUAGUCGGAAAUAUAAACCAGAAGAUCAACCAUGGAUUCUGAAAUCUGGAGGUAAAACUGGAAAGAAAUUUAAAGGCAUACGAGAGGGAGGAGUUAGUGAAAACGCAGCGUAUUAUGUCUUUACUCAUGCUGCCGAUGGUGCAAUAGAAGCUUUUCCUUUACAUGAAUGGUAUAACUUUCAGCCAAUACAGAGAUAUAAAGCUCUUAGUGCUGAAGAAGCUGAGCAAGAGUUCAGUCGUAGAAACAAGGUAAUGAAUUAUUUCUCACUCAUGUUACGCAAAAGAUUGAGAAAUGAUGAGGAUGGUGGAGACGAGGAGGAGUUGGUAGAAGGUGGUAAAGGCAAAAAGUCAGGCAAGAAGGAAAAGGAAUUGAAAAUAUCCGAAAUGGAUGAAUGGAUGGAUAGUGACGAUGAUGAAUCAGAUAGUGAUGAAGAAGAAACUAAGAAAGGAUCUGAAGAUGAGGAUGAUGGAAAGAAGAAAAAAAAGACAAAAGUUCAAUUACAAAAGAAGAAAAAGAAGAAGAAUGUAUCAGACGAUGAAGCAUUUGAGGAAAGUGACGAUGGUGAUGAGGAGGGAAGAGAAUGUGAUUAUAUUUCUGAUUCCUCUGAUUCUGAAUCCGAUAAGGAAAUCAAAUCUGUCGCAGAAGAAGAUGCGUUGAGAAAGUUACUCGCAUCCGAUGAAGAUGAAGAUGAUGAGGAACAAGCAGAUAAGAAGGAUGGCGAAGAAGAUAAAGAUGAAGACGAGGAAGGAAAGGAAAAGGAUGAUAAAGACAAAGACAAGCUUGGUAAGGAAGCAGACAAGAGGAAAGAUAAAAAGAAGAAAAAGAAAGCCAAGAAGAAAGACCAGAAAAAAUCAGCAUCAGGAAAGGAUUCCUCCAGCGAUUUUUCAAGCGAUUCGGAAUCAGAUUCAGAUACAACGCUAAAAGAGAAAGAUAAUAAAAAACCUAAUAGCGCACACAGUUCGAGAUCAGCGACACCAACACCUGCAGCUAGUGCCUCGGAUUCUCUCAAGAGAAAGCAAUCUGGAUCUCCGGAUUUGUCGCAAGCGAAAAAAUUAAAACUCGAUAACUUCAAUUUAGUUCCAGUAACACCGUAUAUACCGGGAGCGAACGAAUCGGGAAUUACGGAGGAUGCAGUGAGGCGGUAUUUGAUGCGCAAGCCUAUGACAACGACCGAAUUAUUACAGAAAUUCAAAUCCAAGAAGACUGGCCUCACGUCCGAACAACUUGUCAACAUUAUGACUCAGAUACUGAAAAAGAUAAAUCCAACGAAGCAAACUAUCAAGAAUAAAAUGUAUUUAUCGAUCAAAGCGCAAUCCAACUGAUGUGACAUGUAGCAUCGAGUUGUUUAUGAUUGUUUAAAAUUACGAAUGUAUAGUGUUUAUCCAGUUGCAUAAUGCCGUUCUUUCUAAUACAACAGAAAAGGAUAGCACAUUAAAAUUUUAAAAAACCG